AAGUCAGGCCUGGCAUUUAAGCUCUCGUGGGCUUCCGGCUCGGUGGCCGCGCCGAGGAGCCGGAGAUGGCUCCGAGGUGGGCGUGAAGGACCUGGGAGCUCCUCGGAUCCCCACGGAGCCGCGGCGGCGUUCCCGGGAAGAUGGAGAGCAAUCCGGUGCUGCUGGAAUCCAAGUCGUCCCCGCUGAACCUCCUGCACGAGAUGCAGCAGCUGCGGCUGCUGGGCCACCUGUGCGACGUGACGGUCAGCGUGGAGUACCAGGGCGUGCGCGCCGAGUUCCCGGCGCACAAGGCCGUGCUGGCCGCCACCAGCAAGUUCUUCAAGGAGGUGUUCCUCAACGAGAAGGCGGCCGACGGCCCCCGCAGCAACGUCUUCCUCAACGAGGUGCAGGUGGCCGACUUCGCCUCCUUCCUGGAGUUCGUCUACACGGCGCGCGUGGAGGUGGAGGAGGACAGGGUGCAGCGCAUGCUGGAGAUCGCCGAGAAGCUCAAGUGCCUGGACCUCUCCGAGACCUGCUUCCAGCUGAAGAGGCAGAUGCUGGAGUCCGUGCUGCUGGAGCUGCAGAGCUUCUCGGAGUCGCAGGGCCCCGAGGGGGAGAGCGCGGCCGAGGCCAAGCGGGAGCCCCCGGAGCCGCCGGCGGCCGAGGGGCCGGCCGCCAAAGCCAAGGAGAAGGCGGACAGGAAGAAGGAAGCGCUGAAGGCUCCGUACGCCAAGAUCCGCAGGGCGAGCGGGCGGCUGGCCGGCAGGAAGGUGUUCGUGGAGAUCCCCAAGAAGAAAUACACGCGCAGGCUGCGGGAGCAGCAGCGCGACGCCGCCGCCGAGCGGGAAGAGCCGCCCCAGGGCGAGGAGGGGCAGUGCAAGCAGGAGGAGAGCUCCGGGGAAACCGAGGCCGCCCGCCCGGAAAACCCGGCGGAAAGCGGCGAGGGGGACAGGAAGAAGCAGCGCGGCGGCACCGGCGGCGGCGGGGGCUUCAAGUGCGGCACGUGCCAGAAGGAGUUCCUGUACGAGAAGAGCUUCCUGAAGCACGUGCAGCAGAGCCACGGGGCGGCGGCGGCGCCCGAGUUCCGCUGCGAGACGUGCGCCCAGACCUUCGCCAACCGCUGCAACCUGCGCAGCCACCAGCGGCACGUGCACAGCAGCGAGCGCCGCUUCCCCUGCGAGCUGUGCGCCAAGCGCUUCAAGCGCGGCAAGGACGUGCGGCGCCACGUGCUGCAGGUGCACGAGGGCGGCGCCGAGCGGCACCAGUGCCAGCAGUGCGGCAAGGCGCUCAGCUCCAGGACCGCCCUGCGCCUGCACGAGAGGACGCACACCGGGCACAAGCCCUACGGCUGCCCCGAGUGCCAGGCCAAGUUCUCGCAGCCUUCCGCCCUCAAAACGCACAUGAGGAUCCACACGGGGGAGAAGCCCUUUGUGUGCGAUGAGUGCGGGGCGCGCUUCACCCAGAACCACAUGCUCAUCUACCACCGGCGCUGCCACACAGGGGAAAGGCCUUUCAUGUGUGAGACCUGUGGGAAGAGCUUUGCCUCCAAGGAAUACUUGAAACACCACAACCGGAUCCACACAGGCUCCAAGCCCUUCAAGUGUGAGGUUUGCUUCCGGACCUUUGCCCAGCGGAAUUCCCUCUACCAGCACAUCAAGGUCCACACAGGGGAGCGGCCGUACUGCUGCGACCAGUGCGGGAAGCAGUUCACGCAGCUGAACGCGCUGCAGCGGCACCACCGCAUCCACACCGGCGAGAAACCCUUCAUGUGCAACGCCUGCGGCAGGACCUUCACCGACAAAUCCACGCUGCGCCGCCACACCUCGAUCCACGAUAAGAACACCCCCUGGAAAUCCUUCCUCGUCAUCGUGGAAGGAGCCGCCAAGAACGACGAGGGGCACAAAACGGAGCUUCCCGACGAGGAAUACGAGGUGUCCCCCAAAAUCCCAGACAAGCUGCUGGCCUUCCCAGAGAACAGCCCCUACCAGAGCCUGGCAGCGGUGCCGGGAAGCGGGAAUUCCAGCACGGACCGGAAGGGCUCCGGAGGGCAGGAAUCCCUGCUGGGAGAACUCAGCGUGCUGCACGCGCAGACGGACUCCGGGCAGCCCCAGCUCUGUUCAGCCCUGGUGAACAUGGAAUAAUUCGGGAUUGCCUCCCGCUCCUUAGGCUGCAGCCCUUGGACAGUCCCGGGCCUGAGGGAGGCCGGUGUUGGGGAGCUGGGAAAGAGCGGAUUUCCAGCUUUCCUCUGGACAUUCCUUCCCCAGCUCCACACCAGGGAACGUGUGGGAGUGGAUUCCCCGGGAAUUCAGGUAGCUCGGUGGCGCAGGUGUGUUUUCCAGGGAAUUCGAUGCCACGUGGACAAUCAGGAGAAGCGAUGUUUCUCCCUGACAUUGGCUGUGUUUUCCCCAGUGGAAUUCCAUCCAGGAGAAGUCUGGCUGCAUUUGCUCUUCAGGAAAUGCUGGUUUCUCUCUGCUUUUGCCAAAGAUCCCCAAGAGUGGGAGCGGCUUUGGAGUUCCAUUCCAGGAGUUUGGAGUCUCUGAGCAGCAAAACAGGGCAGGUGGCAGCCAAGUGCUACUGCCAUGGUUUUACAAUUCCAUGGAAACUGGAGCAGUCUGGCACUUGGAUCCUGCCAGUUCUCACCUUCCAGCUGCUCCCAUGGAAUCGGGCACUUAGGAGGCCUGAACAUCUCCUGGAAUAAAGUCUGGGAAAAGGAGCUGUGCUGGGAAGGGCUCGGCUCAGAGGCUUUUCCUGCUCCUUUUUAGUGGAAUGGGAUUUGGGGAGAUUUCCCCAGGGCAGGGUAGGAGCCUUGGGGGCGUUUUUUCGGAGCAGCGAGUCCCUGCUGCGGUUUAACGCUCCAAACCUCGGGAUGGGCUUCCCAGAGUAAAAACCCGCAGCUUUUCCCGUUCCUUUUCCCACUCCUUUGCCUGUUCCUGUGGUAUUCCCCCAGCGAUUCCUCAGUGAAGCUGUGAGCAGAACUUUGGGAAAGGGAAGCACAAUCCAGCCCGGUGAGACCCAGCAAUAAAGAAACCCCCCCCCACCUGUGGCACAGAGCUGUUUUUUGGGAUAAAGGGAUGGUGGAGGCAUUCCCAGGGAAUUCUUAAGCUAGAAAAAAAGGGAAUUUUUGUACCAGAGGACAUUUCCAAGGGGUUAUAUUUGAGAUAUUUAUUCUUCCUGCUGGAGCUCAGUCAUUCCCAAUGGAAGGAAGGGGGGGGUUGUAGGAAUAUUUAAAGGCUGAGCACUCGGAUCUGGAGCCGGGGAAUGUUUGGUAUUCCAGGACCAUGCGGAAGUGAGUAACUUGUUUGGGCUGUUCCUAUUAAAAUACGGAAUAUGGAGACCUCAUCCGGUGACUCGGUCGCGUCCAGUGGGACACUCUGGGAUAUGGAGAGGCUUGGGAAGUUCACCUGGAGAAGAGGAGGUUCCCUGGAAACCUCAGCAGGAAAAGCGGGAGGGAUUCCUCGGCAGGAAUCACAGUGACGGGACAAGAGGCAGGGAAUGGCUUCCCAGGGACAGAAGGACAAUUCAGCUGGGAUUUGGGAAGGAAUCCAUCCCUGGCAGCGUUCCAGGGGCUUGGAGCAAGCUGGGAUGGUGGAAGGU